UAAACCAAAUGACCUUUUAACAAAGGUGUAGCAAUUACUAACAUUGCAUCGACUAGUUGUAACCAAGAUGUCACUAAAUGCAGACAAAAACGAGCAAACGUUAAACAGUAAAUAUUUACUAGAUUUCUACAUAAAGGAUUACAAGUAUAUAAGUCCGGAGGCGUUAGGUGUACAUAAGAAAGGGAUGAAUAAAUGGACCUACAAAGCGGUUGGUAAAGUGUGGGUGGUACAAGUUAUUAGUGGGUUUAAGCAGUUGUUUAGCCAAGGCUCUUUACAUGGAAUAAAAUAUAUAUUGGAUCCGACCUUCAGCCGCGCCGAGCGUCUCACCUGGGUUGCCAUAAUGAUGAUCAGCGUGGCGGCGUGCGCUGCCAACAUCACACAACUGUUCCUCAAGUGGACGUCCACACCGUUUGUUAACGUCAUCGACUCCCUGCCUUCGCCGGUGUGGGCGGUCCCGUUUCCUAACGUAGUGCUAUGUCCGCAUCUGCACGUCAAGCUGUCUUAUAGAAACGUAAACCGGUUCGAUGACUUGGAGAAAUUCUUCGCUUCGCUAGUGUGUCCACAAAUGAGCAAGGAAAACCGAGCCUUGGACGAAAGGCUCACACCUCAGCAGAAUAUGUUGCUGGAGAAAUUUAUAUUACAGGGUGCCCCAAAAUGCACAGAAGUGAUAAAAUCCUGCUACUGGCGUCCGUCCUCCCAAACGUGGCUGACGGAGGAAUGCUGCACCAAGCUGUUCAGUCCGGUCUUCACCAAUUACGGCCUAUGCUUCGCUUUCAACAGCUUGCCGCUCCAUGGCAUGACAAACAUCACAACUGCUUGGCAGCGCACCUUCUCCCCCUCCGUCUCCCAAAAGACCCUGGACUGGGGGCUGGACGCGGGCUACCCGAAGGUGUUUCCUCCCGACCCUGCCAUGGAGCCGUUCAGGGUGAUGGCGUCCGGAGAGACUAACGGGCUGGGGGUGGAGCUGUACCUGAACGAUAGUGAACACCAGGUGGCUUGUGAUGGCGCUAGUGUUGGGUUUAACUUAAUCAUCAGCUCGCCAACCAACCACGUGUACACCAGCACCAUCAUCCGUCUACCCAUGGACCGGAUGACAACCAUCGAGGUGUACCCCAUCACCUACCGGACGGAUUCUUCUCUCAAAGGCCUGUUGCCGGAACGGAGGCAGUGUUUCUUUCAGGAUGAGCGAAAGCUGGAGUACUUCGAAUCAUAUACGGACAGUAACUGUAAACUGGAUCUACUGAUUGGGGAAGCCAGGAAAUCGUGCGAUUGUGUUCUUUACAACUGGCCCAAGAAGUCCCCGUUAGAGCCUAUUUGCUCCACAAAAUCGGAUUACCUGUGCAUAAACGAUGUUAGAGCUAAAGUGGAAGAGCUGCUGAUAUACGCUUAUUUCGCGGACAGCGAAGAACAACGAAAACCAACGGGUCAGUCCAGCUCAUGCCACCCGGCUUGCAAUGACGUCAUCUACAACAGCCAAGUGUUUUACUCGGAUCUGAAGGCAGACCCAGCUGAAUCGCCCAAGUGGGGCUAUCCUAAACCGGGGGAAAUAACUCGGCUCAAUGUUCAUUUCUACGACGACAGCUUUCUUGGGCAACAUCGUCAUGCGCAGUACGAUGAUUACUAUUUUGUUGGAGCCAUCGGCGGCCUGCUAAGCUUGUUCCUCGGCUUCAGCAUCAUCAGCGUGGCGGAGCUAAUCUACUUCGUGCUGCUGCGACCUUUGCACGCAGUGGUCACCGAAAUCUGCCAUCGCCACAGGAGUUAAAUUAGCUUAAUAGGCUCUAAUGGCCAUCCACACAAAUGUCAUUGUAACUUUUU